UGAAGAUCGAAGUGAUUGCCAAAUUUAGUUGGAAAAGAUAAUUUUGGUAGGAUCAUUUUACUAAAUUUUUCGGUUGUUGCCUUGUUAGAAUCUUGGGUUUUACUAUCAGCUAGAGCGAGAAAAAAAGGAAAUUUGAGCCCGAAGUUGAAGUUAUAAUCAGAAGCGGAAGAUUGGGAACCUUGUAGAUUUUAGUUGAGUUUAUGGUUCGAAAAGUUAUCGCUUCUGUCUGAUUUUAUGUGUCUGGUUGAAAAAUGGAAUCUAAUUGAACGCUGGAGAAUUGGAAAUGUAUCCUUUUAAGUGCGGGGUAUGUGUGAAUUAUUAGCUAUUACUUAUCUGGGAAAAAAGAAAGAGAAAUAACUGGUUUCUUCUCAGGAGUCUAACCAGUCUUGAUUUUUUUUUUUUAUUGACUUGGUCUUCCUUGUAAGACUUGUAUCUGGAUUGAGUUUCACUGGGGAGAAUUUCACUCCACUCCACGUAUCAGAUGCCUUUGUUGAUUGAUCCAAUAACAUACUGUCCAAUUUUUGUAUGUUGAGUUUUGGAACUUUGAUUCACCAUAGGACUAUUCUUCUUGACUAAAUUGCCUAGAACUUUGUCUUCUUUCUGUGGAAAUCGCAAAUUAGUUGAGGGUGUAGCCGCGUGAUCUUUUCCUGGACUGGAAAGAUCAUCCUUUUUUGUUGUUGUUGUCAGAAGGAGAAAUAGUGUGUGGUUAUGUGAAUGUUGCUUCGUUUUUGACUACUAAGUUAUUCAAGUGCCGUAGUCAUUUUAGUAUUAUUCAACAGAGUUAUAGAUUCAUUAGUCUUGAGUGAUGGCUUUACUUGGCUUGUUACUCACUGAUAUCUGUAUGUUUAGCAUCAGAAAAUAUGCCUUCAUGGUGGGGGAAGUCAUCAUCAAAAGAAGCCAAAAAGAAAACUACGAAAGAAAGUUUUACAUAUUGGAAUUUAUUUAAGAGUCCAUCUGAAAGUAAACCUUCCAGUAGAUCAGGAAGGCUUAGAAGACGGACCAGUGACACAUAUUCAGAAAGGGGGUCUCAGUCCCGUGCAGAAUCAAGGUCACCGUCACCUUCAAAGCAUGUUUCAAGAUGCCAGAGCUUCGCUGAUAGGCCUCAGGCUCAACCACUUCCACUUCCUGGUUUACGACCUACAAGCGUGCAGCGUACAGAUUCUGGAAUAAGUUCAACGGGAAAACCCAGAGCUGAGAAGAGCUCCAAAACAUCAUCAUUUCUUCCACUUCCAAGGCCUGCAUGCAUCCGGCAUAGACCAGAUCCUGCAGAUUUAGAUGGAGAAUUGGUUCCCUCUGUAUGUAGUGAAAGCUCUACUGACAGUGAUGAUCAAACAGACUCGCGCCAACGCAGUCCUCUGGAAUCUGACUAUGAGCUCGGGACUAGAACUGCUACAGGCAGCCCUUCUAGCUUGAUUGUUAAGGAUCAGUCACCAGUUGGACAGAAAAGCUCAAGGGAGUCACCUAAACCUAUUGAUCUAUCUUCCAACAAACACGGGUUUUCUUCAUCGCCAAGAAGACGUCCUUUGAAUGGUGUUCCCAGUCUACAGGUUCCAUAUCAUGGUGCAUUUUGUAGUGCACCGGAUAGUUCAAUGUCAAGUCCUUCUCGAAGUCCAAUGAGAGCGUUUGGGAAUGACCAAGUUGCAGGGUCAGGGUUAUGGCCUGGAAGGCCUUACCCAGACCUUCCAUUACUUGGUUCUGGACCCUGUUCAAGCCCAGGCUCAGGUCAAAAUUCUGGACAUAAUUCAAUGGGAGGUGAUAUGUCUGGGCAAUUAUUUUGGCAACCCAGCAGAGGCAGCCCCGAGUAUUCUCCUAUCCCUAGUCCCAGAAUGACUAGUCCUGGGCCUAGUUCUAGAAUUCAAAGUGGGGCUGUUACGCCAAUCCAUCCAAGAGCUGGAGGCGGAGGACUUGAAUCACAGGCUGGUAGGGCAGAUGAUGGAAAACAACAAAGUCAUCGACUGCCACUUCCUCCUGUAACAAUCUCCAACUCCUUACCAUUUUCUCAUUCAAAUUCUGCUGCAACUUCUCCUUCGGUACCGCGUAGCCCUGGCCGAGCUGAAAGUCUUGCAAGUCCCGGUUCACGCUGGAAAAAAGGGAAGUUGCUCGGCAGAGGCACAUUUGGACAUGUUUACGUGGGUUUUAAUAGAGAAAGUGGCGAAAUGUGUGCAAUGAAGGAGGUUACACUGUUUGCAGAUGAUGCAAAGUCCAAGGAAAGUGCAAAGCAGUUGGGACAAGAGAUAGUUAUGCUAAGCCGUCUAAGGCAUCCAAACAUUGUACAAUAUUAUGGAUCUGAAACUGUGUGUGAUAAGCUCUACAUAUAUUUGGAAUACGUGUCUGGAGGUUCCAUCCAUAAACUUCUGCAGGAUUAUGGUCAGUUUGGGGAAUCGGCUAUUCGUAGCUAUACGCAACAAAUAUUAUCUGGUCUUGCAUACCUACACAAUAAAAAUACUGUCCACAGGGAUAUCAAAGGGGCAAAUAUACUUGUAGAUCCAAAUGGCCGUGUCAAGUUGGCAGACUUUGGAAUGGCAAAACAUAUUACAGGGCAGUCAUGUCCUUUAUCGUUUAAAGGGAGCCCAUACUGGAUGGCACCUGAGGUUAUAAAGAACUCAAGUGGCUGUAAUCUUGCUGUUGAUAUAUGGAGUCUUGGUUGCACUGUCUUGGAAAUGGCUACUGCAAAGCCUCCUUGGAGUCAGUAUGAAGGGGUUGCUGCCAUGUUCAAGAUUGGUAACAGUAAAGAACUACCUGCAAUUCCUGAUUACCUUUCAGAGGAAGGAAAGGACUUUGUGAGGCAAUGUUUACAGCGCAACCCACUACAUCGUCCAACAGCUGUUCAGCUUUUGGAUCAUCCAUUUGUGAAGAAUGCAGCUCCUUUGGAAAAAGUGCCUGCAUCUCCAGAUCCACCAUCCAUGGUAAAAAAUAUUGGAAUUGGCACUGAACAGUCGAGAAAUCUAUCAAAUUCUGAGUCAGAAAGACUUGCUAUCCACUCUUCCAGAGUAUCCAGGUCUAAUUUCCAUUCCAGUGAGAUCCAUAUUCAGAGGAAUAUUUCUUGCCCAGUUUCUCCUAUUGGAAGUCCUCUUUUACACCCAAGGUCACCUCCACACCUUAAUGGUAGGAUGUCUCCUUCACCUAUAUCUAGUCCUCGUGCUACAUCUGGCUCAUCUACUCCUCUAUCUGGAGGUGCUGGUGCUAUACCGUUUCAGCAACUUAGUCAGUCUAGUUACCUACAAGAAGGCUUUGGAAAUAUGCACAAGGCCCCACAAAGUGCCUUCAUGAAUAGCCCCUCGUAUUGGGAUCCUGAUGUUUUUAGGGGAACGCAAGCAGGUUCUCAUACCUUCCGUGAACUGGCAUGCAACGACAACAAUGCACUAGCUAAGCAGUCAGUCCUGGCAGAUCGUGUGUCUCAGCAAUUGCGACGUGAUCCUGUGAAAUUGACUCCUACUUUAGAUCUUAAUUCUCGCCACCCAUUGACAGGCCGCACUAAUGGCGUAUAA